GAGCUUCUAGAGUAGCCGGGGAGGAUUGUGGGAUACUGGAAGGUGCCUGCUGCUGGUGGUGCCGCCUGCCAUGGCGACGGGAAAGCUCAUUGUGUUUGUUUGCAUAGCAGUCUUGUUUCUUGUGUUGUCGAAAACCAGACUUUCCUCUUGUCAACAAUUUGCCAUACCUUUUCAACAGCCCUCACACUGCGGAAGUGAAAAAUACUUUGAUAUUUCUAGUCUGUCUUGCGUUCAGUGCGGAAUAAACCAAGUGAGAAGUGUUUCUGGUACUUCAUGUGUUUGCCAAGUUAGACACAGAGUGGUAUCCAGCAAUGGAGGAGCUAUAACAUGUCAGAAAUGCCCAGCUGACAGUAAACCGGGAGUCACUCAGGAUGGUUCUGACUGCAUCAGAUGUCCAGGAGGUUUAAAUACUGAAGGAAAAUGCCAGUGCCCGCCAGGAAGAAUAUUAGUGGAACGGAACAGAAAUGGAAUGUUAUUGGAUGAAGCAAUUUGUGAGACCUGCAAUGGUACUGAGCCGUCCUUCGCAGUCCCUAAUCUUUUUGGUGACAGGUGUGUCAGGUGUCAAGAAACAUAUAUUAACACAACCAACUCUUGUGAGUGUGGCCAGACAAAUAUGCCUGCAGGAGGUUUAUGUUUCCCUCAAAAUAAUUUGCCAACAACAGUUGUUUCAGUUGUCAACUAUGCACAAUUGGCCAUAUCUGUACAGUCUGUGUGGUUUGCUGAAAAUAUGCAAGUUGUAGCUGCUGCGUGUCUGAUUUAUUCCAACCUGACUGCUUGCCAAGCUCUUGGAAAUAUGUGUGUAAUGAAUCUGAAUUCCUUAAGCUCUGUGAAUAAUGAUGCCUGUGGACUGUUUAAUACAAUACAUAGAAGCACUGCAGCACUAGGUUCUGCUCAGAUGAUAUCUUUUUGGAGGGCAAAUCUUCCGUGGUUGUACUAUGGAGAUCAGGCUGGAUUAGCAUCCCGAGUUCUUUUCACAGAGUCAUUUCCAACCAGCUUCAGUUUUAAGGGUGCAGCUCAGAAUACAAAUAUUCAGUUUACUGCUGCUGUGUACAAUACGAAAGGGAACUUCCUGAAGUGGCAGAAUGUCAAAGGAGGCACUUUGCAGCUUUGUCCAGACACAGUUAUCCGGUUGAAUGCCGCCUAUAGAUUUGGAACCACAUACCGACAAAGUUGCCAAAUUCCACUCUCAAAGAUUUUAACUGAUUUUCCAGAGCCAAUCUUUUAUGAUAUUUACAUGGAUUUUAGUUCUGGAAAUGGACAGAAGAGUCUUUGGGCUGUGCCUGUUCGAAACUUGAACCUUCAAUAUAAUGGGCAGUUUGUAAACCAAGGUGACAACUUGAACAAUUGGUAUUUGACCCGUCGUAUUUUCUUGGUUGAUACUUUAAGUGGACGUGAAAACACAUUGGCUAGCCAGCCAAAAGUAAUACGUGUUGCAACAAAAAUUACCAUCAGUAUCCAGCUCGAGCCUAAUACUCAAAAAGGAGCCAUCAAGACACCUCUGAUGACUGUUUCUUACACUGACAUUCUAGUGUCAGAUCCCGACACUCAGUCAGUUUCAGUAUCCUUCUCAGUUGAAUAUGAAAUGAACCAAAGUGAAGCUCAGAUCCAGACUGAUAUUGCUCUGGGGGUCCUUGGUGGCAUGGCAGUUUUGUACUCCCUGUUAAAGACUGCCAGUUGGAAAAGGCAAGUUGGAUCACCGUUAAUUGACCUCCAGACUGUUCUGAAGUUUUUGCUUUUCUACGCUGGAGACUUAGCAAAUGUUUUCUUUGUUGUAACUGUUGGAACUGGACUCUAUUGGCUUAUUUUUUUCAAAGCACAACAGUUUGUUACAGUACUUUUACCUUUACACGUGCAAGAAAAGAGAUUUGUUACUUAUGUUGGAUGUGCAUUUACACUAAAGGCAGUUCAGUUUCUGCACAAAAUAAUAAGCCAGUUGUCCAUAGACAUUUUCUUUAUUGAUUGGGAGAGACCUAGAGGGAAAGUUCUUAAGACUGCUGAAGGUAACGGUGAUAUCAAAUCUGCACCCGCCCCAGUGAGCAUCUGGAGGACCUACUUUGUUGCAAAUGAAUGGAAUGAACUUCAGACUGUACGGAAAAUCAAUCCAGUUUUUCAAAUCUUUGCUGUCCUUUUCUUUCUUGAGGUGGUUGGCUUCUCAAAUUUGGCACUCAUGGAUCCUUCUUCUAAUCUCAGUAGAGACCCCCAAAGCUAUCAGGCCCCAUGGAAUCUCAUUCUGAGAUACGGUGUAGCAACAUCCAUGUGGCUAGUGAUUGGAUUUUUACAGAUUAUUUUCUUCACAGUGUUCUAUGAAAGAUUUGUAGAAGAUAAAAUUAGACAGUUUGUGGACCUCUGUUCUAUGAGCAAUAUUUCAGUGCUGCUUUUCUCAAAUAGAUGUUUUGGGUAUUAUAUUCAUGGACGCUCAGUGCAUGGUCAUGCAGACACCAAUAUGGAAGAGAUGAACCUCAACCUGAAAAGAGAGGCGGAAAACCUUUGUGGUCAGAGAGGCCUGCUACCAAACACUGAUAUUCAGACAUUUCAGGUUUCCAUAACAAAUAAAAUGAGACUGCAGUAUGAUAGAAUCCGUGAGCCUUUAUCUAGGAGAACAGGUCCUUCUCGUUUGUUGGAUUCAUCUGCAAAUCCAUUUGAACAGAGCACCAAGGCCUAUCACACUAUGAACAAGUUCCUGGGCUCAUUUAUUGACCAUGCACAUCGGGAAAUGGACUACAUUGUUAAAGACAAGUUGUUAAUGGAAAGAGUUCUUGGAAUGGAAUUUAUGGAGCCAAUGGAGAAAAGCUUAUUUUACAAUGAUGAUUCCCAUUCGUUUAGUGAUGUUCUCUACUACGGAAAUGAAGCCACUCUACUUAUUUUUGACACACUGUUUUUCUGUAUUGUGGAUAUUGGCACUCAAGAUUUUGUCUUGGCUGCUGUGCUAACCUAUGUACAACAAAAAGUCUUUAAGUUGAUUCGCAAUGCAACUGGACGGAAAAACUUGGCUUCAAAAACUCUGGUUGAUGAAAGAUUCCUAAUAUAGUUAAUAUACAAUAUACAAAAGAAACUCUUCAAGAUAAAAUUGUUACUGUUCUUUAAAUCCAGAUCAACACUAUCAUGCCUACUAAGCGAUAUACAGCACAAACACAAUUUUAAGGUGAAACCUGUAAGAUACUAAGGAUUUCAUUUGAUGCUCCAGUGGGAUAAGCUGCAGUGCUCUUUUUAAAUUGUUUUUAGAGCUUAUUUGUAACACAGGAGAAUGUUCCUGAGAGAAAUCUGCGGUCAUCCCUAAAUAUAAAUGAUUUCUGUGUACUGUAAAAUGUUCUAAAAACAUUAAAAAAACAGCUGUGGCUUAACUAGGCAGUGUAUAGGCCAGGGGUCUCCAACCCUGGUCCUGGAGAGCUACUGUGGUUGCUGGUUUUCAUUUCAACCAAUCUCUCAGUUACUUAAUUGAACCAAUUAUUGGCUUAAUCAGUCAAGAUUAACAGGUGUUCCAGAUCUUUAGCCAUUGAUGACGUAAAGACACUUGUAAAACCUGCUGGAUAGGGGCUCUCCAGGACCAGGGUUGAAGACCCCUGGUAUAGGCUAAUCAAAUCAACCCCUAAGACAAGAAGGUCUACAUGCGGCACUUUUCAAUUGAGACAUCAGAUUUUAGAGCAAAGUGAGCUGAGUAAUUGGAGUCACUACAUUCAUUAUUUUGUGAUUUAAUGCUUGUGCUUUACAUUUGUUUGGUGGGCCUCACUAUUGUAUUUGUAACAUUUGUCUGUUUACAGAUUGUCACAUUUUUAAUUCCAACAACUUUUUUCUAUUGCCUAAUAUUUUUUUUUUAUACAGAAUGGAUAAAGUUUAUUUUAAAAGAUGUUUUGUAUUUUGGUUUUUGUUUUUUGUUUUCUCUUAGAGCGUGGAUUUUACUGUUUAAAAUAUUUUCAUGUGUAAUUUUUAUUUAGAUUAUGUUUUGUAACUUUCUAUAAUACAUUACUUGUUUUUAAAAGUCCUUUAAAAUAUAUGUUUUGUGUUUAUUUAUUUUGCAACAUAUUUAUAUUUCCUCUGCAAUUCUAAAAUGUACUGAUAUUUUUAAAUUGUGGUAAAUACAUGUUUAGUAUCAAUCUCGGGGCAUAUGGAGGCAUCUGUCUGUUGUAUAUAAUAGCAUGCUGACUGAGUCACAUAGAAAACAAAUUUGCCUCAGGUUUAGGAGGGUUACUAAUUUUGGACAGUGAAUGGGUGACGUAACUUUCACAGAAUUUCUUGCAAUACAUCAAGCUAUUAAAAUACACUCUAAGCAGCUGCACAUACUCUGUGUCUCACAGUAAGAAACAAUGGCCUGUUUACUAUGCACUGUAUACUGAAGACUGCAACAUUAAAAAAGAUAAUUCAGUGAACUAUUAAAUUACUUUUUACUUGAA